CUGCAAGCUGCUGCGGAAGGCGCAGUGCUCAGUAAAGCGCACUUCCUCUGGCAGUCUCCGCUGAGGGAGUACCGGCUCCGAGAGCUCCAAGCCGCAUCGGUCCUGAUCUGAUCAGAAGACGCAGACAUGUCGGAGCAAAGUAAGGACCUGAGCGACCCUAACCUUGCCGCCGAGGCCGCCGAGGCCGCCGACUCUGAGAUGCAGGUAGCCGCUGCUGUUCCUGUGUUCGUCAUUCCUCCUGAUUUUCUGAACCUCCUUGUGCCAUCGCGCGCUCCUGCAGGCCCUCUGGGCGACGAACGGAUGGAAGAUGUUGACCCUAGUAUCGUGCGGGAGGCGUUAGAGGAGGCCCGCGGCCACCAGCCGCUGCACCCACCCCGGCCGAUCCCAUUACCGCCAGCCCCCAUCCAGGUGGUGCAGAAGGCGCACGAGCUCAUGUGGUACGUGUUGGUGAAGGACCAGAAGAGGAUGGUCCUCUGGUUUCCAGACAUGGUGAAAGACGUCAUGGGCAGCUACAAGAAAUGGUGCAGAAGCAUCCUCAGGCGCACCACCGUCAUCCUCUCCAGAGUGUUCGGGCUGCACCUGAGGCUGGCCAAUCUCCACACCAUGGAGUUUGCCCUGGUCAAAGCACUCAGCCCAGAAGAGCUAGACAGGAUGGCGCUGAACAACCGUAUGCCCAUGACAGGCCUCCUGCUCAUGAUCCUGAGCCUCAUCUACGUGAAGGGCCGCGGGGCCAGAGAGAGCGCCGUCUGGAAUGUGCUGCGCAUCCUGGGGCUGAGGCCCUGGAAGAAGCACUCCACCUUUGGAGACGUGAGGAAGAUUAUCACCGAGGAGUUCGUCCAGCAGAAUUACCUGAAGUACCAGCGUGUGCCCUACAUCGAGCCUCCCGAGUACGAGUUCUUCUGGGGGUCCAGAGCUAACCGUGAAUUCACCAAGAUGCAGAUCAUGGAGUUCCUGGCCAGAGUCUUCAAGAAGGAUCCCCAGGCUUGGCCUUCCCGCUACAGAGAGGCUCUGGAGCAGGCCAGAGCUCUGCGAGAGGCUAAUCUUGCUGCCCAGGCCCCCCGCAGCAGUGUCUCUGAGGACUAAAAAGGUCCAGGGGCACACUGAUAGUUUCUGACCCAUACUAGGGCUGUGUAAGGGUGGGGUUGAGUCAUUAGAGUAUUCCAGAUCCACAGUGCAGUAUUUCAUGUAUAAUUUUUAAGUUUCCCAUACAGUGCUUUUGUACCUUGUAAUGCAGUGUAUUCAGUUGUGUAGUGUUUAAGAUUGAUGCAUGUGUGUUUAUAAGUAAGCAAGUUGGUACUUUUGCUUUUGUGGCUUUUUGUACAAGAGAUGUGCUGUGCUAAACUUGUGAAAUACAUUGAGGUGUUCUGUAUCUUGUUCUUUGUAUGGGACUGAUGAUCUGUAACGACAAAGAAGGCCCUGGAGAGUUAGCAGGACUUAACAGCAAUGCAGACCUGACCAAGAGAAAGGUCAAGGCCCUUCUCCAUAUGACUUCAACUGACACAGGAAGCAUCCGUGCAGAAUGGACUGAUUUGAACUGGACUGUUUUCAGUAUAAGCACUUAGCACACUUUACAAAACAUGUGUACAACCCCACCAUAAAUAAAGUUUAAAAUGAGCAUUAAA